GCUGUACAUAACUAAAAAGAUCUAAAUGCGUAUUCCCAUGAAUCUGAUUGAGAUCAAAUGGUUGGCAUGCAGAUGCUGCAUGGACAUUUCACUGGUUAAACUUGAAGAAUUAUAAUUCACAAAUGACAGUGAGAAAUGUGAAGGGAGGGUGACCAAAACAAUUUGUGUGUAAAGUAAAGGUAAAGAAACAUGUGCGCAAUACAUGAUACAGAUCUUUCCAGGAGAUCAAGAGGGGCGGAACGAGGGCUGUACGGAUGGUUACCUACAGAUCCACCCUCUUGGCCUAAAUAAAUAGGCUUACAGGAAACCCUCUCUGAAUAACCUUUAAACUGACUGGGAGUCGACCAUAGAACGUAAAGGAAUACAUGGGACAAGGUAGGUUUUCUCUCCACAAAUCACACGCAUGCAUGUUUCAAAAUUGUGACUUUAAUAACUUACAUAAUAUUUAUCCUGUGUGAAAUGUCUAAUGAUGGCAGCAUAACAAAAAGCAUAUACUUUAACUGUUCCAUUUUCCCUUAUUUGGUCAAACUGAAUUUCAACUGUACAUGUAUGGUGACCACUGUGUUGUGAAUGGAGAGGGAAUGGUGAGGUUUCAUGUUCUCUGUGAUAAUGUUGUGAUAUUUGUCACUAGUUUGCUCAGAUUUGAGAUGAAUUAGACAUUUCCUUUUCAGUUUAAAAAAUAAAAUAAUUUUGGUGGGAUUACAAUUUUAAAGAAUUGCAAUAUGUAAUAUCAAUGCCACCCAUAAAAAGAAAAAGCUGACAAUGUUAAUCACUUUACCUCUCUCUCAGAAAAUUGUGACAAAAUGUGGAAUAGGAUAUUUUUUUUUGGACUGGUGGUCUGUCUCAUCUGCCUCACUGACCAGACUCAGGUAAAUAUACAGUCAGUCAGCACUGAACAACAGAGAAACAUGUUAUUCCUUUAAACAUGGGAGUAACCAUUACUUAUCUGCUGGUUUUGUACAGGAACAGAAAACACCUUUAGUUGUUCAAGGUAAGUGUUAGUUUUUUGUCUUUGUUUAACUUACAUUGGAAACACAAGAGACAAUCAUUCUUAACCUCUGACCCCUGCCCUUUUCAAUAUGUUAUUGUGUAUGUGCAUGUGUGUUUGAUAAUUUCAGGGACAGAUUGCACACAGAUCAAAGCUCUCUCCCCUCGAGCCACCAGUGGGGUGUUUGUCAUUCAGCCUGCAGGAGUCACAUCCCCCUUUAAGGUGUAUUGUGAGAUGCUGGCAGACGGAGGCUGGACAGUCUUUCAAAUGCGCACUGGGGCAGAGGUUCUUUUCAACAAGACGUGGGCUGAAUACGAACAAGGCUUUGGGAAUUUACAGAAGGACCACUGGCUGGGUCUGAGUAAGGUGUUUGCUCUAACCAAGGGGGGUAGGGGGCGGAGUUCGACUAUGCGGGUCAACCUGUGGGACUUUGAAGGGGGCACUGCCUUCGCUGAGUACAGUGACUUCCGUCUGGGCACGGAGAAGGAGAGCUACAAGCUGAACGUUGGAGCCUACAAGGGCAACGCAGGUGAUGCCAUCCGUGGGAAAUACGCCGGCAUUGACCAGAACGGCUUUGGCUUCAGCACAACCGACAAGGACAACGACGGCUGCUCACCCUGCAUCUUUGGCGACAUCGCCGUGGACAAGUGCAGCUUCUUGGAUGGAGGAGGGUGGUGGUACAGUCGCUGUGGCUCUGCCAGCCUGAACGGUGACUGGCACCCCGCCGGCGAACACAUUGGCUGGGCCUCCGGCCUCCACUGGGCGACCUGGAAAGGACCUGUCCAGUACUCGGCCCAAGCCAGCCGCAUGAUGAUCAAGUCCGUGUGAAAGAAGAUUAUUACAGCAAACUAAUACAAAAACGAAUCAUAAAAAAAACAAUUUCGUAAACUGAAAUAAAACUAUUAACAAGGCAAGUUUGACAAACAAAACUAUACUGAAACUAUAAUCUUAAAAACACUUGACCAGUUAAAAGGUCUAUAAGCACAACAUGGUCACAGUCACCAUGUUUUCAGGGAAGAGAAGUUUUAUUUGUUGCACUGCGACAAAUCUGUAUAUCUAAUGUGAACAGUUUAAAUAGUUUGACAUAACUUAUAGUCUAGAAUGUUGAUAUUGUAUGCGUUUUCAAAUAGAAUUAUCUUUAGAAUAAUUGUUUAGCACACACUUGGUCCAUACAUACUUUGCCCAAGUUCAGACACCAUUAUUUUGCCCUGUAAACAUGAUUGAAUUCACACAUUCAAAGCUCUGUGUUUAAAGUGAAAUAAAAAGUUGUACUAAUUGCAUAUUAAAUCAUUCAUGGUUUAUCAUCAUAGAGUAAAUAGGUUGCUGUUCUCCUACCCUAGAAGCCUGGUUUGUAGCUUUGAUUGAAUCGAGAUAUUUAGCUUUGUUACACAUUGCUACAUUAAUCCCGGGGCUCACUUGAAAAAGAGAUCUCAAUGUGACUGAUCAUGGUUAAAUAAAGCAUAAAAAGAAUGAAGACUUCAACUUUGAUGAACAGAUUAUGAUUAUCAAAUCAGCAUACCCUGUUGUGCCUACUUCAACUAUUUGAACAUGACGUGACAUUUCAGAUAAAGCAGAACAAUUAGAAGAAAGUCUUCAUCAACAAUUUCAUUUCUGUUUCAAAUAAAUGCAACCCACUUUGUCACCUGUAGGAGUCUCACUCAGCAUACGUGUGAUUUCUUUACACAG